AUGACAAAUAUUUUAGACUGGUUUUCAAUAGUUGCAGCUGUUAUUUAUUCUAUCAUGACAAUUCUUUCGAAAAAAAGACGUUUGGAUAUUUUUAAACCAUUAUCUUAUACAAUUGUAGUAUCUUAUGUAAUUUUAGAAACGUUUACGUUUACUGCUCUUUAUUUAAGUAAAGAUACCUCGGGUAAAACUUGUAAACUUAAUGUUUACGUUGGCGCUAAAUCCCAGGAUUGUAAUGAUUUGAUAGUUCCUUACAUAAGUGGGAUUGUUCUGUUUGCAGCGAUUUCAAGCUUGGAUAUUAAAACACGAACCCAGAAAAGAAACAAUAGCAGUAGUGGAAGGAGAAACAAUAGCGGUAGUGGAAGGAGAAACAAUAGCAGUAGUGGAAGAAAAACAAUAGUAAUGGAAGAAAAAGAAAAAAUAGCAGCAGGAGAAAAAGAAAAAAUAGGAGUAGCAAAAGAAUAA